AUGGGCGACAGACUAUCCACCAAUGCUGGCCUUGGGGCUGCAGAGAUCCUCCUUGUCCUAGUGGGGCUGUGUGCGUCAGGUCCUGCUGACUUAAGGCUGGUGAAUGGCCCUGACUCCUGCACGGGCCGGCUGGAGGUGUUUUACAAUGGCACCUGGGGGACGGUGUGUGAUGACCACUGGGACCUCAAUGGAGCCCGUGUUGUCUGCCGGCAGCUGGGCUGCGGGAUGGCAUUGUCGGCUGUCGGUGGGGCUCGCUACGGCCGAGGAGCAGACCCCAUCUGGCUGGACAACGUACGCUGCACCGGGAUGGAGGCCGCACUUUCUGAGUGCCAGGCACGGCCCUGGGGAGCCCAUAACUGCGGGCACAGCGAAGACGCCAGUGUCGUGUGCUCGGGGACACCCACUCCAGGUGCGACCCGUACCAGGCUGGUGAACGGCUCAAGUUUAUGCUCUGGCAGAGUUGAAGUCCUCCACGAUGGCGAAUGGGGCACCGUGUGUGAUGACAGCUGGAGCCUGAUGGACGCUGAAGUGGUGUGCAAGGAGGUGGGCUGUGGCCAAGCACUGUCAGCUCUGUUGGAGGCUGCCUUUGGGCAGGGGUCAGGGCCCAUCUGGUUGGACGAAGUGACCUGUGCUGGGACGGAGGCUACCCUUGCUCUGUGCCGGGCCAGGUCCUGGGGAAGCCAUAACUGCAACCACGGAGAGGAUGCUAGUGUUGAAUGCACAGGUAACUCUUCUCAGGUCCAGCUGGUGAAUGGCUCCAGCCGCUGCUCAGGGCGAGUCGAGAUCCACCACAACCAGCAGUGGGGGACGGUGUGCGAUGACAGCUGGGACCUGAGUGAUGCCGAGGUGGUCUGCCGGCAGCUGGGCUGUGGGCUGGCCGUGUCAGCCCCUGGCAGGGCUGCGUUCGGGCAAGGACAUGGUCCUAUCUGGCUGGAUGAAGUGAACUGCACAGGGACGGAAGGUGCAAUCACUGAAUGCAGCUUCAAGCACUGGGGAGCCCAUAACUGCAUCCAUGGUGAAGAUGCAGGUGUCGUGUGCUCAGGUAAGCCUGACCCCACAGAGCUGCGGCUGGUGAAUGGCCCGAAUCACUGCGCUGGGCGCCUUGAAGUGCUUCAUGACCAACAGUGGGGGUCUGUGUGCGACAACAACUGGGACAUGGAGGAUGCCAAAGUUGUGUGCCGGCAGCUGGGCUGUGGCGCUCCAAUCUCUGCUCCAGGCUGGGCUAGGUUUGGCAGGGGCUACGACCCCAUUUGGCUGGAGACAGUCAGCUGCCGGGGGACAGAGGCUGCCCUUACCGAGUGCAGACCCCAGGUAUGGGGCACCCACAGCUGCCACCAUGGGGAAGACGCCAGCGUGGUGUGCUCAGACCCGAUGGCGCUUCGGUUGGUGGACGGCCCACACCGCUGUGCUGGGAGGGUUGAGGUGUUUCAUCAGCAGCAGUGGGGGACAGUGUGUGACAAUGGCUGGGACCUGCGCGAUGCCGAGGUGGUGUGCUGGCAGCUGGGCUGUGGGGCAGCAGUCGCAGCCCCGGGCUCAGCUCACUUUGGCCGGGGACGUGAUCCCAUCUGGCUGGAUGAGGUGAACUGCACAGGGACCGAAUCUGCCCUCUCUGAAUGUGGGUCCAAGCCAAAAGGAGUCCACAAGUGCCACCACAGAGAAGAUGCUGGUGUGGUGUGCUCAGGUAACUGUUACCCUACUGAGGUCCGGCUGGUGAACGGCUCAAAUCGUUGCUCUGGGAGAGUUGAGGUCCUGCACAACCAGCGAUGGGGAAGCGUGUGCGAUGAUGGCUGGGACCUGGAUGACGCACAAGUGGUGUGUCGGCAGCUGGGCUGUGGGACGGCCGUAGCUGCUCAACCGAGAGCUCAGUUUGGGAUGGGGUACGAGCCCAUCUGGCUGGACGAUGUGAACUGCACUGGCGCUGAGGCUGCCCUCUCCGAGUGCAGGGCUAGGCCGUGGGGAGAGAGUAACUGCAACCACCAAGAAGAUGCCAGCGUGGUGUGCCUGGGUGGCCACCGUUUGAGAAUCAAUCAUCCAUAG